UAAUGUACCGUGAUAGGCGCAAAAGAUUCGAGAGCAACAUGGUCCCACCGCAACUGCAAAUGUUUGGGCCUUUUGCGCACGAUAAUCCCGUUCCACCAUUCAGCGCACGGUAGCUCUUCAACGCUGCCAAGAGUUCAUCUUCCUGCUUGGAUGCGCACAGCGCACCGCUCCCGCUUUCCUGAUCUUACCCGCCCAAUAAAUAUUAAUUUUUCUGCUUAAAAUUUCUAGAAUUUUCUAUUUUAUUUCUCAAAGUCAGUAGCUCCAGUAAAUCUUCCCUCUUAUUCGUCAUGGCAAUUAAUUUUCAGACUUUCGAAUCAAGCGGUAUGAAGAUGAUAUUUUCAAGGGAUCAUCAAUGUGGAGAAGCGUUUUGAACUGUAGCUGAUGAUGUAAAUUAGAACAUUGCUGUAUCUGCAUAUUGGUUUAUCUUGAUCGGAGUGAUGCCUGAAAUAACAACUAUAUUGAAAGAAACUUCUGAAAAUGGAUCAGAGUCUUCUCCAAAUGAUAAUGGAACUGUAGAGGAAAUGCCAGAGGACACAAUUUUGUCGCGACAAGCAUCUGUGAACCUUGUGCCAUUCAUUGGUCAAAGAUUUGUCUCUCAGGAUGCAGCAUAUGAAUUCUAUUGUAGCUUUGCCAAGCAAUGUGGGUUCUCAAUCAGACGUCAUCGGACUCGUGGAAAAGACGGUGUAGGCAAGGGGAUUACAAGAAGGGAUUUUACAUGCCAUCGUGGUGGAUUUCCACAACUGAAGCCAUUAGAUGAUGGAAAGUUACAAAGGAAUCGAAUAUCCUCGCGAUGUGGAUGUCUAGCAUAUAUGAGAAUAGUAAAAAGGGCAAAUUUCGACGUCGCUGAAUGGCGUGUCACAGGUUUUAGCAAUAUGCAUAACCAUGACCUCUUGCAGUUCAGUGAAACUCGACUACUCCCUGCCUACUGCACAAUGACUGUUGAUGACAAGAGUCGUAUAUGCAUGUAUGCAAAAGCUGGGAUGUCAGUUCGGCAAAUGCUUAGGUUAAUGGAGCUAGAAAAAGGCGUUAAGCUAGGUUGUUUAUCAUUCACAGAGAUUGAUGUCAGAAACUUGCUUCGGUCGUUCAGAAGUGUGGAGCGGGAUGAUGACCCAAUCGACCUUCUCAAAAUGUGCAAGGAGAAGAAAGACAAAGAUCCCAACUUCAAAUACAACUUUAAGAUAGAUGCCAAUAACAGGUUAGAGCACAUUGCAUGGUCGUAUGCUUCAUCAAUCAGAUUGUAUGAGGCCUUUGGAGAUACAAUAGUUUUUGAUACUAUUCACCGCUUGGAUACAUAUGAUAUGUUACUCGGGAUUUGGAUUGGAGUGGACAAUCAUGGAACGAAUUGUUUCUUUGGCUGCGUACUUAUUAGGGAUGAAAAUAUGGGGUCAUUCUCCUGGGCUCUGAAGACGUUCUUGGAAUUCAUGAAUGGAAAAGCUCCGGGAACAAUUUUAACUGAUCAAAACAUGUGGCUUAAAGAAGCAGUUGCUACUGAAAUGCCACGGACUAAGCAUGCCUUUGCCUUUUGGCAUGUCAUUUCAAAGUUUCCAGAUUGGUUUUCUGUUGUACUUGGCUCGCAAUAUGAUAACUGGAAAUCUGAGUUCCAUCGGCUUUAUAAUUUGCACUCAACAGAGGAAUUUGAAGUGGGAUGGAGGGAUAUGGUUGAUGCAUAUGGACUGCAUGGAAAUAACCAUGUCGUGAGCCUGUAUGCAUUGCGUACAUAUUGGGCACUACCUUUUCUGAGAUGUUAUUUCUUUGCAGGAAUGACUAGUACAUCCCAGUCAGAAUCGAUAAAGUCAUGCAUCCAACGUUUUUUGAGUGCACAAUCUAUGCUUGAGAAUUUUGUCGAGCAGGUCGAGAAGGUGGCCACAGUUUUAGAUGCUAAAGAUCAAGCAGAAACAAAACAAAAGAUGCUACGUAAGAUACCUGAAGUAUCCCUCAAAACGGGUUCCCCAAUUGAGUCGAAUGCUGCAGCUGUUCUUACACCAUAUGCCUUCUGCCAACUACAGGAGGAACUCUUAUUGGCACCUCAAUAUGCAUCGUUAAUUGUAGAUGAGAAUUACUUUAUUGUGAGACACCAUACGGAAAAGGAUGUGGGGUGCAAAGUACUAUGGAUUCCGAAUGAUGAGUUGAUAAGCUGUAACUGUAAUCACUUUGAGUUUUCAGGCAUCCUCUGCAGGCACGUUCUUCGUGUUCUCUCAAUCAACAAUUGUUUUCAGAUUCCCAACCAAUAUCUGCCCAAUUGAUGGCGUGAUGUCCCUUUGUCAUCAACUAAACCUGUGCAUGCUACUUCUGGAAAGAUUCAGUUAUUGCAAUCAAUGAUUUCAAGACUAAUUACAGAAUCAAUCGAGACAGAAGAUCGCCUUGAUAUUGCUUGUGAUCAUAUCGCUUUGGUUUUGGCUCGAAUCAAAGAAUUUCCUGUUGCAUCAAACGGUGCUAAUGAUAUUGCUUAUAACAGUCCAUCUGAUUCCCUUGUGCUUCCAGAAGUUGAAGAUUCUGAUGGUAUUGCUCAAAGUUUCACUGGAAACCCUCGUGAAUCUUUAGCUUUUGAAAAGUUGAAAGAGAGACCAUGGAGAGAUGGACUGGGAGAUAUAUACAGGAAGAGAAGGCGUUUUACAGUUCCUUGUGGUCAAUAUGGACAUGAUGCUAGCGACUGCCCUGUGCUGGGAGGUGAUGAAUUCAAUGGAGAUGGGUCUGGGUUUCUAUAGGUUGAUGUGUUUGGUACGCUGGAUUUACACCGCAGGACUGGAUCAAUAAAAAAAGUUAAAAUCUUAUGCGUACGGAACGUACUUUCGUGAAAAUGACUGGAUUUACAUAGUUUUCGUAUAGUGGAAGUCCAAUGUCCGUAGCGCAAUAUUCAUUAUCUCCUGUUCGCCAGUGUAGAGUUUGAAAUAGCAUGCUUGCUUAAUCUCCACAUGAAGUGUAAAUCUUGAGAAUGUAUUUACAGUUGUGUACCAUUCAAAGAUUCCAAACAGCACAUUUCCUCAGGUCUCGAGUCCAGUGGAAAAUUGUUGAGCACAAAAAUCAAGUCCCUGUUUGACAA